AUGAUUAUCCUUAUAGAAUAUAAAUGUUUAUCUGAUGUAGACAAAGUAGUCACUGUAACGAUCAGACCAAAGGAAACCAGAAACAGUCUUUCCCAGCAAAUGUUUGAAACUCUUGAUGAGAAAGAGAUACAAAAUUCAAGUGGCUGGACUCCAGAGCCAAGCUUUGAUAAAGGAGCAGACUUUAUUUCCUUCUCACGCAGGAGGAAGAUGCUGCUUCUCUGGGUUACUUUACUGCUUUCCUCUUGCCUCUCAGGGGCUCGGGCAUGGGGAGGAUGGGAUUUCCAGAAUGACAGGAUCCGGAAACUUGAAGCACUAGGGAUCCAAGAGGAAAAGAAUUUAUUGGUGCUUACAGCCACAACACUGGCCAAAGUGCUGAAUGAAACCCGGUUCCUGAUGGUGGAGUUCUAUAAUCCUCUAUCAAAACAAUCUCAAAAUCUGAUAAAGGAAAUGGGCAAAGCAGUGGAUAUAAUGGGAAAAGAAAAUCCUGGAGUCCUGUUUGGCAAAGUAAAUAUCACCUCGGAGAAGUUGUUGAAACAGGAGUUUGCUAUCAAGGAUGUCCCCACAGUGAAACUUUUUGUUGAAGGUCAUAGACAGUGGCCCAUCGAUUGCAGAGGUGUUAUUGAAGCUGCAGCCCUCGUUACAUGGUUGCGGAAUCAAAUUAGACAGAGUAUUGUGUUGCUCACUAACCGAGAGCAGACAAAGGCCUUUAUCAACUCCAGGAAACUGAUCGUCAUUGGCUUCUUUGAGGAUCUUCAUGAGGGAACAGUGGAACUCUUCUAUGAACUAGUAAAAGACUUUCCAGAAGUCCCUUUUGGGAUGAUUGAAAAAAGAGAUCUUUGGAUUCGGUAUGGCAUCACCAUCGACACCAUGGUAGUAUUCCAACAGGGGAAAAUCGUGCAUUUUGAAGAAUGCGAAGAAGACAGUCAUAUCUUGAGGGACCUCAGCAAAAUAGUCAAAUUCUUCACCAUGGAUUUGGUUAUAGAGUACAAUAUAGAGACCAUGGACCAGAUUUAUGAUAUGCACAUUAGGAAUCACAUCCUGCUCUUCAUUUCUAAGAACUCUACAGAAUUUGGUGCCUUAGUUAAAAUUUUUGAGUUGGCUGCACUGGAGUUCAAGAACAAGCUCAUCUUUCUCAUUGUGAAUACAGAUGAAAUUCAUAACAUCCAUGUUUUAGAAUAUUUCCAGAUCGCUUCCUGGGACAUUCCUAGUGUCCGAAUCCUAAACCUGACUAAAAGCAUGAAAUACCAAAUGCCUGCUGAUGAGAUAACCUUCAAAAACUUGAAAAACUUCUGUAAGGACUUCUUGGAUGGCCUUGCAAAGGUUGUACCAUAUGAUGGUGAAUAUACCCUGGAUGCCUUUAUUAACUUUGUGGAAAAAGAAAUCAAGUCUCAAAUGGAAUCAGAGGAGUGGUCUUUUGAGCAAGAAGAGCCUGAUGAGAAAGAGGAUCUUUCUGUUCAAGAUUGGGGGAAAAUCAAGGAAGAACUGUGACUCCCUUAAGUCUAAGAAGAAAGAUAUGCUUCAUCUGCAAACCAUAUAACACAUAGGACUGAAUAAUUUUCAGUAAAAAUAUUCUAAGGGAAAAUAUUAAUAAAGUU